UGUUUUGUCUGUUUCUUCUUCUUCCCAUGAAGCUCUUGCUCUGCUAUUGAUACGAAGUACGAACAAAACCCAACUUCAAGAACUCGAUGAAUUCUAUUGGAAUGGAAAAUUUGUCGAUCGAGAAAGUGGCGAAUGCCUGUGAUCUAUAUUUUAACUGGAUUUCAUUAUUGAGAAAUUCGGUUCCAUUGGUCUUCGAAUCGGUGCAGUGCGACGAGUCUGAAUCCGCGUGCUUACCUGCUCCCACAUUUGUUUAUUGUUUUGAUAUAGAUGAUGCACCAGGAAGCAGAAGAACAGAAUCGCGUAAAGAAAAUUGAAGCAUUGCAUAAGGUAAUUGAAAAAAUGCAAUCGCCUCUAWUGGAGCUGACCAAAUCAUCUGGCUCAAUCGUGGAGGAAUCGAUUGAUUGGUCCUCCGAUGAAGGCAAGAAUAUGAGCCGAAGCAGCAUCUCCUACGCUGAUAGAACUGAUUCAAAGGAGAGGUGCCUUCGGAGAAGGCGCAGAGCUAAGGAUCCGUCGAAGGUAGAUUUCGAGGAGAGUUCUAGCUACAGGCGCAAAAUUAAGAGUUCAUCGGAAAGUGAACCCGAGGAGAGCCGGCACAAAGUUGAGAGUCUCUCAGAAAGUGAUUAUGAAGAGAGCAUUCCGCGCAAAAUCAAAAGCUCUUCAGAAAGUAGUUCUGGUGAGAGAAGACUUCCAGAAAGCGAUUCUGAGGCAAGACUUUAUUUCAGUGAUACUGAAUGGAACUUACAAAGUGAUGGAGAGGGAACUGGUCAAAGAAGUCGAAGUAACCAAGGAAGAAUAGCGAAGACGAUGUGGGAUGAAAACGUGAUCCGCCGUGCGCCAUUGUACAGAGCGGCGCUAAUGGGUCAAUGGGAGGUUGCAGAAACCAUUUUCAACCAAGAUUCUAGCGUGAUUACGUCUAAGAUCACCCUCUUGAACGAGACUUCUCUCCAUGUAGCAGUCGGCACCGACGACAAUUCGGAUUUUCUGGAAAAGCUUGUGAACCUUAUGUGUGAACGAUCGCUAUCGCUUACACAGGUAGAUUUAUGUGGCAAUACUGCACUUGCUGUUGCCGCCAUUGUUGGGAAUGUUAAGGCUGCACAAAUCUUGGUUUGGAAAAACGAGACCCUGCCUUCGAUUAAAAAUAAGGUCAAUUACUCACCCCUUCAUCUCGCAGCCAAAUAUGGGCACAGGGACAUGAUUUUGUAUCUUCUAUCAGUGACCAAGGAUGAAUGGGUAUUUAUUGGUAAAGCUGGUGCUAGGCUUCUCAAUCUUCUGAUUACAUUUGAUAUCUAUGAUGUAGCUCUUGACAUAUUAAAUCGGCAGCCCAAGUUGGCCGUCGAACAAGAUCAAUAUGGGGUCACUGCUCUGCAAAUGUUGGCACAAAAACCAGAUGUGUUUGAGAGCGGAAGUCAGCUGGGGUUUUGGAAACGCUUACUUCAUCCUUGUUGGUGCGCUGUUGUAGAAGUGCUUGAUUCUCCUCUGCCCUUGCGACAUGGAGAUGUUGAAAACCCUCCUGAAGUCUCAAAGAAUGCAGGGGAGCUGGUACCAUCUGAUAGAAUCUCUGGUGCUGCUUUGCAAUUGCAGCGAGAAUUGCAAUGGUUUAAGGAAGUUGAAAGAUUAGUGCAACCCUCCUACAGAAGCAUGAAAAACAAAGAAGAUAAAACACCAAAAAUGGUAUUCAGUGAAGAGCAUGAAUGGCUAGUUCACCAAGGUGAGAAAUGGAUGAAGAACACUGCUUCAUCAUGCACCGUUGCCACCGUCGCAUUCACGGCAGUUUUCACUGUACCUGGCGGUAACAGCAGCGAUCGAGGCGUCCCGAUUCUCGCACACCGCAGAUCUUUCAUGGUUUUUGCAGCGGCAGAUGCUUUGGCACUAAUCACUUCAUCUGCUUCAGUAUUGAUGUUCUUGGGAAUACUCACCUCGCGCUAUUCAGAUGACGAUUUUCUCAAGGCGUUGCCUACAAGAUUGAUCGUCGGGCUCGUGUCGUUAUUCGUCUCUAUAUCAUCCAUGGUUGCAGCCUUUAGUGCAUCGCUUUACCUGGUUCUUGUUCAUCAAGUGCAGUGGGUGUGGGCUCCUAUUAUAGUAUUUGCACUCGUGCCUGUGAUCUUGUUUGCAAUGCUGCAGUUUCCUCUUCUGGUUGAAAUGACUUCUUCCACAUAUGGGCGCAGCAUUUUUGGUUUGCAGAGUAAGGAAAUAAUUCACUAGCUGAAAUAUGUGCUGAAGCUUCAUGAAGAAGCAACACGACCUAAAUAAGCCUCGUUUACUGGUCUCGGAGCAAUUCUUGGAAAAUUUGGAUGGAUGGACAUUUUAAAAAUGGGGUAUUGAUUUCUAAUCACCCUUUAAAAACAUGAGUUUUCUAGACAUUCUUGAAUACCAGAUUGCUUUUCUACCA